CCCCUGUCCGCGCCAGUCUGAACUGCCUUAAAAAGGUUAGUUCUUACCUAUGCGCACUACCAGCUUCCUCAGCCUGCCUACUUUUUCCCUCCCAAGAGAGGAAAGCCCCACAACUAGAAAACCACCCCCUUCUGCAGGCUCGAGCUAUCUUCCUCGAGUUCCCUUGCCUAGCAAUGUUUUCUUACUCGGUGCAGAAACUUUUUGACUGAACUUGCCUCACACGGUGAAAGGGAACGCGGGAACGCGGUGGAUGAGACACAGAAUUUAAAGCACUUUUAUUUUUAGGGAGGGGGGAAAGGGAGGAGGGGGAAAGGAGCUGCGCUUUCCGAGCAACGCGAGCGAAGGGGAUUGCAAAGCAUCAACGACUUCUUUCUUUUGUCUGCGCCGAAAGUUCGUGGGAUUUGCCUGGCUGCAGAGAAUUCCCCUGGAAUUUGAGGAGAUGGCUUGUAUCAGGUGGGCUUUCCUGCUAUGUGUCUGCGCCUUUUGGUCCCCCACGCUUGACGCUUCCGAAAAGGCGAAGUUGAGGACGGUCACCUACGUCCUGCACCCCGAUCAGCCGGGCGCGUCUAACAGCCGCAGGCAGAGCGGGAGGCAGCAGCGCCCGUUCAACCUGGAGUUGGUGAACACCCGUUACAGCAGCUCUCGGCGCAGCAGCAGCACCUUGGAGCGAACUCGCAGGAUGAGCAAAACAAGCAGCCCCGGCGUGCAGCUCCGCUUGGGCCCCGCCGUGCGCCUUCAGCACAAACCUGCCGGCAUCCACACGGCAGCCGCCUCCGCCUCCUCCUCCUCCUCCUCCUUCGCUAAAGCUGGCAAAGUAGCCGCGCGCUCCAAGAUCCAGCAGCGCCAGAGCAACAGCACCUCCAGCGCAAAGGUCCACCCUAAAGCCCAUCUGCGGCAGCUGCAAGGGGUGAAUGUCUGUGGUGGGCAAUGCUGUCACGGCUGGAGCAAAGUUCCUGGUUCCCAGAGGUGCACCAAACCUAACUGUUCACCACCAUGCCAGAAUGGAGGGAUGUGUCUACGACCACAGUUGUGUGUGUGUAAGCCAGGUACAAAAGGUAGCAUUUGUGAGGAUGCCACCAAGCAAGAAACUGUUUCACCUGGGGGAUCAGGUCCUGCUACUCCACCCUGGCCUAUCCCUCAGCGGUCAGUUCAGCAGAUGUUUUCAAAGAAAGUGCACGUUCACCAGAAAGCAAAUCCCAUGACUCAGAUGACAUUCACACUCAAGCAGAAACCUCCUGGAUUAUCUCAGCAGACACAAUCACAAAUUAUCCCUCUUUCAUCCCAGAGUUUGAUGAUGAAUUUGCAUCAUGGCCAAGCACAUGAAUAUGUUAUCAAGCCUAAGUAUUAUCCAACAAAGAAAGUGCUUUCAGGAGAGCAGUCCACAGAGAGCUCUUUACCUCUAAGAAUGAGCCAGGAUCAGCUUGCAACACCUUAUCAGAUUGGAAAUCACACGGGACGUAUAAAGGUGGUCUUUACACCCAGCAUUUGUAAAGUGACUUGUAAAAAAGGCACUUGUCAGAACAGCUGUGAGAAAGGAAACACUACAACGCUGAUUAGUGAAAAUGGGCAUGCUGCUGACACCUUGACAGCCCCCAACUUCCGAGUAGUUAUUUGCCACCUUCCUUGCAUGAAUGGCGGGCAGUGCAGUUCGAGAGACAAGUGCCAAUGCCCUCCUAAUUACACUGGUAAACUUUGUCAGAUCCCCGUGCAGAGUGGCAGUACUUCACAACUUUAUCAUAAUUCGCAACAAGCAAGCAAGAUGGUGGGAUCACAUGUCAUCCAUUCCACACAUACUUUACCGCUGACUGUGCCUGGGCAGCAAGGAGCCAAAGUAAAAAUUCCUCCUAACAUUGUAAAUAUCCAUGUUAAACAUCCACCUGAAGCUUCUGUGCAGUUUCAUCAAGUUUCAAGGAUUGACAGCACAUCAGCAGGACAAAAACCAAAACCAAAGCCCCCCACAUCGGGACAUUCCCAGGGUCCUUAUCAAAGCCUGCCAUUUCAGAAGACCCAGAAGAUUCAUUCGACCUACAUUCAUCAGCAGCCUAUCACUCAUACGUUUCCUGUUUCUGCUAAAACACAACUUGGACGAUGUUUCCAGGAGACAGUUGGGACCCAGUGUAGCAAAGCACUUCCUGGCCUCUCCAAGCAAGAAGAUUGCUGUGGGACCGUAGGGACUUCCUGGGGUUUUAACAAGUGCCAAAAAUGUCCAAAGAAACCAGCUUAUUUUGGAUAUAGCCCAGUAGUGGAUUGUCCACAAGGUUACAAGAGAAUUAAUGCUACUUUUUGUCAAGACAUUAAUGAAUGCCAGUUGCAAGGGGUUUGCCCUAAUGGUGAGUGUUUAAAUACCAUGGGCAGCUAUAGGUGUACCUGCAAACUGGGAUUUGUACCAGAUCCUACUCUUUCCAGAUGUGUCCCUGAUAAUCCCAUGGUCAUUGAAGAGAAAGGGCCCUGCUACCGGUUUGUCAGUGCAGGAAAGCACUGUAUGCACCCUCUCUCUGUCCAGCUCAGCAAGCAGCUCUGCUGUUGCAGUGUUGGCAAGGCCUGGGGCCCCCACUGUGAAAAAUGUCCCCUUCCAGGAACAGCUGCUUUUAAGGAAAUCUGCCCUGGUGGAAUGGGCUAUAUGGUUUCUGGCUCUCACAGAAACAAGCUAUAUCAUCACCCUGCAGUUAGAGUUCAGCCACCUGUCUUUGGCAAGACCCAGAUUACUCAACAUGUUGCUAAAGGUCCUUCUCCUCCACCUCUCCCAGCAAAGGAAGAGCCGGUGGAGGCACUGACCAUCUCACAGAAAAGUGAGCCCGAGGUGGCUGUGAGAGAAGUAGUGGAGAAAACCUCGCCUCCGCUGCCUGUAGAAGUUGGACCAGAUGUCUCCACUUCAAGUGCUAGUCAAGUGAUAGCACCAACUCAAGUUACAGAAAUCAAUGAGUGCACAGUAAACCCAAACAUCUGUGGACCAGGACAUUGUAUUAACUUGCCCGUGGGAUACACCUGCUUAUGCUAUGAUGGAUACAGGCUUAAUGAUCAACAAACAAAAUGUUCUGAUAUUAAUGAAUGUACUCAGACUCCUCAUCUCUGCUCCCUUGGGCGUUGUGAAAAUACAGAAGGAAGCUUCCUGUGUAUUUGCGAGGCAGGGUUCAUGGCCAAUGAACAAGGAACAGAUUGUGUUGAUGUUGAUGAAUGUGCCAGGCCUGAUGCCUGUGGAGAAGGUCUCUGUGUAAACACUAUUGGUUCAUAUAAAUGUGAAUAUUGUGACAAGGGAUUCCAGAUGAACAGAAGAGGCCAGUGUGAAGACAUUGAUGAAUGCUCAGUGCCACAUACAUGUCCAGAUGCAGAGUGCAUUAAUGCUCCUGGUUCUUACCAAUGUGUCCCUUGUAGAGAUGGAUUCAGAGCAUGGAAUGGAAAGUGUCAUGAUAUAAAUGAAUGUCAAUAUAGCAGUCUCUGCAUAAAUGGCCAGUGUGAAAACCUUGAGGGAUCUUUCAGAUGCCUUUGUAGCCAAGGUUAUCAACUCUCCCCAGCAGGAGAUCAGUGUGAAGAUGUAGAUGAAUGUCAGCAGCAGCAGCAGCUGUGCAUAAAUGGACAAUGCAGAAAUGUAGCUGGAUCUUACAGAUGUAUUUGUGACCAAGGCUACCAGUUGUCACCUGCAAGAGAUUAUUGUGAAGAUAUUAAUGAAUGCCAAGAAGACAAGAAUGUUUGUCGUGGGGGAAACUGUAUUAAUACGAAAGGUUCUUAUGAGUGUACUUGUCCAGAGGGCUUCCAGUUAAUACCCCCUAGAGGCUGUCAAGAUAUCGAUGAAUGUGCAGGAUCCAACCUCUGUUCAUCCCAUGGGAAAUGUUUAAAUACUGAGGGCUCUUUCCACUGUAUUUGUGAGCAGGGUUUUAUGGUUUCUAGAGAUGGCCAAACAUGUGAAGAUAUAGAUGAAUGUGCCAACAGCACUAUAUGUGGUGAUCAUGGUUUCUGUGAAAAUUCUGCUGGCUCCUACCGCUGUCUUUGUUAUCAGGGAUAUCAGUAUCUACAGGAUGGGCAGGGCUGUGUGGAUGUGAAUGAAUGUGAAAUGCUCAGUGGGGUAUGUGGGGAAGCUCUCUGUGAAAAUGUGGAAGGCUCCUUCCUGUGUCUGUGUUCCAGUGAAAACCAGGAAUAUGACCCAAUGAGUGGACAGUGUCAGUUCCGCUCCUCAACAGAGGUUCCGGUCAAAACCAAAGAAACAGCAGUUGAAAAGAAGGAAUGUUACUACAAUCUAAAUGAUGCAAACUUUUGCGAUAAUGUAUUAACAUCCAAUGUUACAAAGCAAGAAUGCUGUUGUACUUUGGGUGCUGGCUGGGGUGAUAACUGUGAAAUAUUCCCUUGUCCUGUGCUUGGAAGUGCUGAAUUUAUUGAGCUGUGUCCUGAAGGGAAAGGAUUCAUACCAUCUGAAGAACCACAUUAUGGAGACAGUGCACAGAGUUACAAAGAUGCUGAUGAAUGCCAGCUCUUUGGCCAAGAAAUAUGUAAGAAUGGCUUCUGUUUAAACACACAGCCAGGUUAUGAGUGUUACUGCAAACAAGGCACAUAUUAUGAUCCUAUAAAACUUCAGUGCUUUGAUACAGAUGAAUGUCAGGACAUCAACAGCUGUAUUGAUGGCCAGUGCAUCAAUACUGAAGGCUCUUACAGUUGUUUUUGCACACACCCAAUGGUUUUGGAUGCUACAGGAAAACAGUGCAUCAGACCAGUGGAAUCUAGUGAGCAAACUGAAGAAAGUGAUGUCUACCAGGAUCUUUGCUGGCAACAUCUGAAUGAAGAUUUUGUUUGCAGUCAACCUCUUGUUGGGAAGCAGACUACUUAUACUGAAUGCUGUUGUUUAUAUGGUGAUGCAUGGGGCAUGCAGUGUGCCCUGUGCCCCAUGAAAAACUCAGAGGACUAUGCCCAGCUGUGCAACAUUCCUGUUCCUGGAUCUCGGCCGUAUGGGCAAGACGCAUUGGUUGACUUUGAACAGGAACACUAUACUUCAGAAACUGAUCCAUAUUUCAUGGAAGACCGUUUCCUGAAUAGCUUUGAGGAGUUACAAGCCGAAGAAUGUGGAAUUCUGAAUGGAUGUGAAAAUGGACGUUGUGUCAGAGUGCAGGAAGGAUAUACCUGUGACUGUUUUGAUGGCUACCAUUUGGACAUGACCAAAAUGACAUGUGUUGAUGUGAAUGAAUGCAAUGAACUGAAUAAUAGGAUGUCACUCUGCAAGAAUGCCAAAUGCAUUAAUACGGAAGGAUCUUAUAAGUGUGUGUGUCUUCCGGGCUAUGUCCCUUCAAACAAGCCAAACUACUGCACACCCUUGAACCCAGACCCGGAAAGUGACCUGGAGUGAGCUGCUGCCCUUUAAUUUUAAGUCCGUAUACUCUGCACUGUAUAAACAAAAGGCAACAGAGAGAAAAGCAUAUUUAACUUGCGUUAAGGAUGUGCCUAAUCCAGAGGCUGGCUAUAUAUGAAAAACAAGCAAUAAAAUAUCUUCUUAAAAGUGAAAGGUGAUGGUUUAAUAUAUAUCAUCUUCACUAAAACAACAGACCAAAUGGACACAUUUCCCUGUGUGGAAGAAGUAAUUAAAUAUACUGUGUGUUCAUAAAUGAAAUUUGUGGGAAUAAGCAAUAAGUGCUGUUAUUUUGAACAGAAGGGUUUGGGGUUUUGUUUCUGUUUUGUUUGGGAGGGGUUGAUUUUUUUUUUUUUUUUUUUUACUAUUGCUUGAUUUAUUUGGCAUACAAUUAGUUGUGAAAAUAUGUUAUAGUCCUUCUUUAUUUAGCAAAUCUUUGCCUAAUGUUCCUUUCGAAGCUUUCUUUCCUUUCGAUCCAGCUAUGGCAAGAUAAGCAAUUUUCUAAACACACAUAAAGUAAUGCUCAUCUUUGUCUGGAACAUCGGCCAGUGACUUUUAAAAAUUGCUAAAUGACUGCCCUGUGGAGCAGACACUGUCCUUUAAAAGAAUGUACAGUCCACGGAGAGAAACUUUUUGUAUUCCUUUUGUACUUCACACGGCCUUUUGCUGCACUUAUCAUGCGUUACAGCCAGGCUUGCCAAGUUUCAAAGCUGCUAGAGGAGUCCCUGUUUGUAUUGUAAAUUGAACACAGAUCUUGUAUUGGUUACCCUAACAUAUUAAAACUCAAUAAAAUCUACUGUUUUUUAAGGAAA